GGUUUUAAGAUUACCUCAAGGCAAACAGCAGCCUCCUGCACCCAGGCUCCCUUCACCUUUACUCUCCAGAGCAAGCUUUCUUUUGGUUUUUGAUACUGAUCAGAACACCAACAAUUAUUGUUGGGGUUGUAGAGAAGCAGAGUGGUUUCUUGUGUUCGCUGAGAGAUCAUCUGCCUGAAAAUAAAGCCAUCUGCUCUUAAGCACAGGCAUUAUUCAGCCCACAUCUAAAAUACCAGGACUGUGCCUCUUCCGCUUACCUCCCUGUGAUCUAUAGGCAAUGUAAAAGGCCAUAACCCAUCCAACCACCUCAUUCAAUGCUAUGAUCAUCUAUUCAGAGAUCGUAGUGGGAUCUGCCCUCCCCCCCCCCAUAUUUUAAGUUAUUUUGUAAUGCCCACCAUAAGGGCAGAUGUUCUGCUGGAGCUUUAUUCUCCUGACAGAUACUGGCCACUUCAGGCAGCAACUCCAUCGAUGUGUGAUGCUGCUCACUCAGGGGAUUUUUAGGCAGAAGUUUACAGGGAGUUAAAAGAGCAGGGAAAUGUCUUCCUGGUGCAGGAAUCUGGAAGCUCCCCUAAGCCCCCCAUGUCAGCCUGGUGGUGUGUGGAGGUGUUAAACUGGCAUGUGUCUAUCGAGGCGGGGGUGAGCCUUUUAAGUCCCCUGCUUCUUCCCCACUUGUGGAAUUUGUUGUGCCAGUGGGAUGAGGCUGGCUAUAAAACCUCUGUCCCACUCCACAGCCAGCGAGUGCAUCGCAGCCCCGCUGACAUCCCCGUUCCUCCCUGUGAGCCACCAAAAGGGCAGGAUGGAGGCAAGCUUCACCCGGAUUCUCUAUGUGCUCUCUCUGGUUGUCAUGGCCUAUGCCUUCUCCCAGGAAGGGUUCAAAGAAGUGAUGCUGAAGCAGCUGGGGCUCUCUGAAGUCCCUAAGCUUCAUAAGAGAGACCUGAUGGACCUGGUCAUUCCCGAGCACGUGAAGAACAAGUACAUCUCCAUGCUGAAGCGGCACAGGGGGAAGCGUCGUGCCUCUCCCAGCUUGGCCAGCAUCCUGCAGGGGAUCCCCGGCAAUGCAGAAGUCUUCUACUCUGACCCCAUGCGCCAGAACUUCAUCUUUGACAUGGAGGGAAGGAUACCAAAAAACAGUGAAGUGACAAUGGCUGAACUGAAGCUUUUCAAGAAGCCCCUGGACAGGGUGAACCUGCCAGCCAGGCAGCCCCAUCGGCCUGUCUCCAAUGCCAGGGUCAGCAUCUACUGGGUGCAGAGACAGCAUGAUGGCACAAACAGGACCUCACUGAUCGACUCACGGCUGGUUCCCAUAAGAGAGUCUGGCUGGAAGAACUUUGACGUGACCCAGGCUGUGCAUUACUGGCUGCGGAACAAGAGGCAGGAGCCAAUGGUCCUGCAGGUCUGGAUUGAAGGGGAAAUGGUGGGCAGCUACGCUGCAGAGGUUGCCAAGGCCGUGCGCUUCACCUCUCAGGAUGCUGGGGACAGAGCUGUGGGAAGACCUGAGCUGGUGCUCUACACCCUUGACUUGGAGGACUAUGGGGGCCCUGGGGACUGCAAGGAUGGAGUGCAGGCAGGAAAGUCCACCUGCUGCCGGCAGAAGCACUACAUCAACUUCCGUGAGCUUUCCUGGACACAGUACUGGGUCAUCGAGCCAGCAGGAUACCAGGCUUACAGCUGCCGGGGGGGCUGCCUGCAGCUUCCCGGCCCACUGCAGCGCUGGGGAGGCAGGAAACGUGCCUGUGCUGUGGCUGAGAGCUCCCCCCUCCCUAUCAUGUACCUGGUCCAGAGGGGCAACCACACCGAGAUUGAGGCAACUGAGUUUCCCAACAUGAUCACCGAGAAGUGCAGCUGCAUGGCAGAUGGUGCAGCACUUCUGUGAGGGCUGACUUAGGGAAGGAAUGGUGCUGGUGGGCCUGAAGGAUGUGCACCUCCCUGGGUUUGGUGUGGCUGCCUCUGGGUAAUUUCAGUCCCCACUCCAAGGCACUGCAAGCAGCUGCAGGUGAAAGGCAAGGACAGUGAUCACAGUCAGGUGCAGAAGUCAAGCCUGGGUUUGGAUUUUAGUUCCUUUGUUCCCUAUGCUUUGUACAUUUCAGUCCUUGUCUGCCCAAAUUGUGUUUACUAUGGAUAGCAGAGCAAAAGCACUUACAUGUAUAUGCUGUAUACACACACAGAUGCAUAUGUAUCACAAAUACAUGUACAUAUAUAUGUACAUAUUGUAUACAUGCAUAUUGUUUAUAAACAUAUUUUCUACAUAUAUGUACAUAUUUGUACAUAUAUGUACAUAGAAUAUUGCCUAGAGCUAAAAUGAAUGUACAUAUGUAAGUAUGCGUUGUAUGCAUAUAUCUGUAGAUAUACAUGUACAAACAGUGUUAUCCAGAACUAAAAGGACAGUACUGUUGGGCUCUGUACCAAGGAUUUGGCACAGUUUUAAGCAGAAUUUAGAGUCCUGAAGCCAGUGAAUAUAUUGGGACUUGGGUUUGCUUGCACAAACAAGUGUUUAUAGACUCAGGUCCUCAUUUUUUCUGAUUGUGUAUUACAGUUUUUUCAGCUACUUUUCUAGUCUUAAUUGCUUUCAAAAUUAAGUAAACAAUAAAAUAUGAUUAUUUAAAUAGCCAUGUUUGCAUAUCAUUAUUCCUAGGUGUAAAAGCAGAGGAAAAAAAUCUGUAACAUUUCUGACUGUACCCCAGUGCCCAGCUUCUUCAUGCACACACCCAGCAACAGUCAUCAGCUGUGCACGUGUCUCUGCCUGCUUAUGAUAAAGAUUAUCUGCUCCUGUGGGCAGGGACAGGGCUGAAUCAGGGAGGAGCACGCACCACCGGUGCUUCUCCCCAGUGUCAGGUGUGAUCUCCUUUUGAACAACACAAAAUCAUGGAAAAUGCUCCUUGAACUCUGACUCUGGGGCCAUGCCCACCGUUCUCCGGUGCAGACUCUUUCCCUAACCCCCAGCUGCCCUUCCCCUGACACAGCUCCACGCCAUCUCCUCAGACCCUGUCGCUGUCACACAGAGCAGAGCUCAGCUCAGCGCUGCCCUCUACUCCCUGUAAGGAGCUGCAGCUGCCAUGAGGCCUCCUCUCAGCUCCUCUGCUUUGGGCUGAGCAAACCCAUGGCAUCAGCCACUCCUCACACAUCUUUGCCCUCCAGGCCCUUCUCCAUCCUCGCAGCUCUCCUUUGGACACUCUCCAAUAGAUUUAUGUCCUUCCACCCUCAAACAAGUACUGGGUUGCUGACUGGAGUGUCACUGAUGGUAACUGACUCCUACACCAGCGUAAGCUGCACGUGGAGCCCAGCCUAUGGGCCACAGACAAGACAAACCUUUCCCCAAGCGCCUACUUCCUUGGAGAUACUCAAAAGCUGUCUGGACGUAGUUCUGGACAACCUUGAGCAGCAGGGUUAUGCAAGGCGACCUCCAGAGAUGGCUUCUUACCUCAACCACUCUAUAAUGGUGUGAAGAGGGGGAUUGGAUGGGCCCAGCUGUGACUUCGGCUUAUCCAUCAGGAAGGUUGAGAAGCAAGGUGUCCCUGCCACCCUGCAGGAGACCAGCUCUGAGGUCACCAGCCACACCUGCAUUCACCUCAGCCUGAGGAUGAGCUGGUACCUCUCACCUGUGUAAAUGCUGGUGACAAACAAAUAAAAAAAAGCUUUAAUGGGAGAAAAAAAGAAAAAAAAGGAGCUAGGUACAUAUCACCAAGGGUGACCCGGGUUUGAGCAGGAUGAGCCAGACCGGCCAUGGCCAUUUUCUUCUCACAGUUACAUGGAGUCUUUCUCAAUGAGCAUUCAGCUCCAGUUCCUACCCACCCAGGAGGGACAGGCCACAGCCGGAACCUCAGCUGUGAGGAACAAAGCAGAAGAUUUAUCUACACCCCUCUGGCUCCUGGGGAAGAAAGCGUUUGAACUGGUGUUUGACUGAGGAAGAAAAGCAUUAACUUUGUUGUCCCUCCAGCCCAAGCCACACAUCCUCCUCCCAGGCUGGGAGGAAGUUGUACUAUGGGGGCCAGGAUGGCAGAGGGCCGGCAGCACUGACCUCACCAACCCAUCAUGCCCAAAUAUCACAAGCACAGUAUUCAUGCUUCAUGAGACACACAGCACGUCUCUGCUGAGUCACCCUUGCUGGCUUUGCAGUGAAGAUCAGCAGGGUGGGAGGUGGGUCUAAAAUGGAGAAGGCUCCAGAGGCUUCUAUAGUGCAAACUUGAAGGCAGAGGCUGCAGAUGAAGCCCUGCUUCCCCAGACAUCCCCCAGUGCCACAGAAAUUAUCCCCCAGCCAGCCAUCUUCAGCACAGGCAGCAAUUGCUGUGAUAUCAUGCGCAUGCUGUCUUGCUGCUUUUGUAUUGGUACAAGCUGUAGCAGACACAAAGCCUGUCGAGCUUGUCAUGUUAUUCUUCCCACCGGAGCAGCAGCACAACCCCUGAGGAAAGGCAGAACACCUUACAUGCAUGACAGCAGCUUGUUUCAGCAUUAACAUUUAGGCUUCACUAGAAAAAAAAAAUGAUAAUAAGGAGGAGUAGCGCAGUUUUCAAGCCACACAAAAUGCCCCUGCCAGCUGAGCUACAGUGCCCUGUCUGAUCCUUGCACAUUUUCAUCCAAAUCGAGGCUGCUCUUCUAUUUUCUUUAAGAAUCUAUGAGAAGUUGCAGCUUUGCCCUGCUGGUGAGACCUCAUUUCUGCCUCUUUUUUUUUCCCCUUUGCAUUUCACAAACUCCUACAAAUAGCAUCUGACACUUGGCCUCUCAGGACAGCCUCCUAAUUGCUGGCGUAAGUAGAAAGCCAAAUUCCCAAUCCACAUCUCAACAGAGGUGAUAACCAAAGCAGCUCCUCUGCCCUGGUUGGGAACAGCUGGAGGCUGGGAAAGAGGGACCCAGCACAAACAGACAGGGAGUCAAGAGCUUUUCAGACCACUGUGUGAUCCCCUGAGACUUUGAUAUUUUUAAGGAACCAUCCAAAAGACUCAAUAUCUAGUUUUUGCCAAUAACAAUGUAAAAUGAAAUGCCAGCCAACCACAUCCUGGGCUGCAUCAAAAGAAACGUGGCCAGCAGGUCAAGGGAAGUGAUCCUGACCCUUUGCUCUGUGCUCUGAAACCUCACCUGGAGUACUGCAUCCAGAUGUGGAAUCCUCAGUACAGGAGAGAUGCGGACCUGAUGGAGUGUGUCCAGAGGAGGGCCACAAAAAUGACCCAAAGGAUGGAACACCUCUCCUAUGAGGACAGACUGAGAGAGCUGGGACUGUUUAACCAGGAGAGGAGAAGGCUCCAAGGAGACCUGAGAGCAGCCUUUCAGUAUCUAAAGGGGAGCUGUAAGAAAGAAGGGGACAGAUUCUUUAGCAGGAUCUGUGGUGACAGAAAAAGGGGAAAUCCUUUUAAACUAAAGGAGAUAUUUAGAUUGGAUAUAAGAAGCUUUUUUACUGUAAGAGCGGUGAUGCACUGGCACAGGCUGCCCAGAGAGGUGGUGGAGACAUCCAUGGUCAGCCUGGACGGCACUCUGAACACCCUGAUGGAGCUGUAGGUGUCCCUGUUCACUACAGAGGAGCUAGACUAGGUGGCCUUUAAGGGUCCCUUCCAACUCAAACAAUUCUAUGAUUCCAUUACCUUGCACUGUAUGCAGCAACACCUGUAACCACCAGAAAUGUUUUCAGGGAGCUGUGCAAUAGCUCAUAAAACUGCAGCAGAGGUUCCACGAGCCAACUGGUGCCUGAUGAGCACCCCUCUGCUCUCCAGACCUCGCAGGCAGCUCUCUGAGGAGCUUCUUGCUCUCCAUUGGACUCCACCGGAAGGCAGGCGGGGUUUACGAUCACGCUUUUUCAGAGGGUUCCACCAGCACCGCCCGGAACAGGACACAUCCUCCUGUUAGUGCACUGCCACCUACAGCAGCAAGCCUAGAAGUUGCCCUACUCAGAAAAACGAAGACGUAGCUGCGUGCUGUCUGCAUCCUUUCCGCCAGCGCAGGCACAGUGCCGUUUGUGCAAAAACUGCAAAUUGGCUUUUCGGGAGCUCGUUUGUCGGCAUUGCAGAGGAAAGUAGGAAAGAAGCCUUUUGACUGAAGGCAGCCAGCUGCUGUCUGUUCUUUGCAAACUUCCACAAGUUCUUUUUUGAUACCUGUUUAAGAAAUGGAGAUAUUCAGCCCCUAAUCUUGCAGCACUCUUCUGACUACAAACUCCAGGACUUCCUACACUGCUAUGAGAUGGAAAACAUUCAUGGAAAACAAAAACAUUAAGUGUUAUUACAUGAUAUUCAAUUUCUCUGAGAUGAGGGGGACGAGAAAACUAGUUCUCACUUAACAGUGUCCUUUGUGUCACAGAAACAUAUCUAGACAAAAUUAUUCAGUAUAGCAAUGAAUGCUCCUCUGGGUCAUCCAAACUGCUGCUUAAGCUGACCAGCAGACAAAAACAUUGCUAAAAAGCAACACAGAAGAAAACAUGUUCCAAUUCUGAACUUCCCAGAAUUUGUACCAAAAACCUGUAUUUCACCUGGGUAAUCACCCACCCUGCUUCCUACUAUUUUGUGUAUGGUUAAUAUUAGACUUUCUUCCAGAUCAUAAAUGGAUCUGCAUGAAAUAUAAAGCCUCUUCCUCAGAUUUGUGUCACUGGUUUCUCUAAUUCUAUUAUCAGCUGACAACGGAGAAAAUACGAGAAGAGCACAAGUCAGUGCUCCAGCUCUUUUACAUGUUCAGGGAGGAAAAAAAAGUAGUAAAAUGACUCCUCAGAAUUCUGCAAGACACACCUCACGUAGAGAAAAGCUCUCCUUACUCAUUGUGUGUACACACUGUUAUGAGAAGAGCAGUAAGCACACUGACAGUGUGCCAGCCAGGUGAGAUUGCUGCUGAGAUGUAACUUUUGUUGAGGGACCCCCCACCUCUUCCCAUUCUCUAAUGAAACACACUCAGGAAACCAAACCUUUCCAUGCAAGAUCCACUUGUGCUGUCACAAUCCCCAUAUGAUACGACUUGCAGUGUCCUCAUGUUUCUUUUGCCCUUUUCUAAUUUUCUAAGUCCUUGAUAAAGUGUCAUACAUGUGAAAUAUCAAACAUCAACUUACCUGCCAUGUAUUAUUUUUAGUUACCUGCUGUGUAAAUCACUUCUCAUCAAAUAGACCACAUUAUUCUAACAAUAAGCUGCAAAACAACAAGUUCACAGCUUUAGGGUCACAUGCAUAGGGAAACAGAAGCUUAUGCACGUUUCAGCCUCGGGUGUCACAAUCCAUGUUUUCAGAACACUAUGUCAAGCAGAUCCAGGAAUGCUGGAUUUGUGUAUGAUGGAAUAACUACCAGUGGCACAAAUAUCUAUCUUUUUCGUAAUUCCUUGGGAUACUAAUGAGAUUAUUUCAUAACUGCUGGUGUAGAACUUCCAGAUGACCAGUUGAAAGAUCCAACAGGAUACUGAAGAUUUGCACAGAGUAUCUCGUACUCCUAAGGAAUGUUUUAUUUAGAUGCACCACACGCUUACAAUUAGUGAGCAGACUCAAAUCCAUCUUACAGUUAAAAAACAAAUACAGGAAGCUCUUUUGACUUGCCUAUCAGAGGCUGCAUUAUAAAUUAAUCCUGCAAUUCACACGCAUUUCCUUGGUAUGACUGAGCACCAUCUCCUACAAACCAGAACGAAUGCAGAACAGAAGCCCUGGCUGCCGGCUGUGCUGGGGAUGCUCGCACCUGAGCCGUCCCAAGCCCACAGCGACACCUGGAGGAACAGCAGGGCUGCUCACACAGUAAAUUCAGGUGGCUACAUCUCCAGAGCCAGAAAUCCUCCAUCUACAUUCUCUAACCAAGUGCCUCAGGGGAGGAAAAAAAAAGUAAAAAUUAAAAAAAAAAAAUCAAGAGGGGAGCUCUGCUUUGGUCAAAUGCCAGGGACUGUGCUGAGUGGAUGAGGUGCAACCAGAAGUAACCACCACGCUCCAGCCUUAACUUUCUCCAGCAUAUUGGCAAGUCACAGAAUAGGCUGACUGGUAACUGAGUAUAAGUUGUCAUAUCAACCAGCAUUUUGGAGCAGCUGCACAAACACAACUGUAUUAGCAGCCUGCCUGUACAGUUUGUCAACAACAACAACUUUAAAACUGUCAAUCCAAAGCUAACUCCCAAGUAUAAACAAUUUCUGAGAAGAAAGCUUACAAGAUUGCAAAAUGCUCACUGCUAACUGAAAUAGUAGAUAAGCAUUGCUCAUGUUUGAGACAUGAAACACCACGAGUGAACUUGCUCCCUAGCAUCUGAAACCCAUUUCCUGCCUGUACUGCUUGUACAGUGUCAGAAAAGGAGGGAAAUCUUUAUUUGGCCAAGUCUCUCCAAGGAAAUCUGAUACAUAGAUAGAUCAUGCAUAAUACUCUCAGCAUACGGUGGCCAAGUCUGAAGCCUGAGGCACCAAUCCAAAGCCUCUCAAACAGAAAUGGCAGCUGUACCUGCAGUCAUAAAAGCAUGCCACUGUUCUAACAGGAGCCUUCACCACCUCAUGGGAUAACUCCCAUUUCUGAUGUUACAGACUGAGCUGGGAUAAAGCACCACCACUGCAGAUACUCAAGUCCUCGGGUGCCUAGCUUCUGCCACUGGAAAGAAGUUAGGACCUAUACGAAAUUUCCCACCCAGGUUCCGAUGAACACUCUGUAAUGUACUAACCUUCAGCAAGGAGCAAAUGCAUUUCGUUCUUUUUAA